AUACAAUACAUAUGUAACUGUAAUCAUUACAUAUUCUUCCAUAUCUAUAUAUAAAUAUAUGUAUGUAGAGGCUGCUAGAGAGAGCUGUCAAGUAUUGUGCAUGACUCCAUAACCCUCUUUGUUUCUUGAAUUCCUUUGACAAAAUUCUUCAUAUCUCUUCACUGUAAAUCGAAUCAAUCCCAGAGAAUUUGAAAUUCAGUGUUGAUCAGUUUUUGCAUGGAUGGAUUCUUCAAGUGCACAGAAACAUCACCAGGAAAUGGGUUCCCAAACACUAGAAGGCAUGUUAGUAUGCACAAAACCACAGCAAGAAAAGAAACCAAGGCCUGCUGAACAAGCCCUGAAAUGCCCUAGAUGUGAAUCUACAAACACCAAGUUCUGCUAUUACAACAAUUACAGUCUUUCCCAGCCAAGGUACUUCUGUAAAUCAUGCAGGAGGUAUUGGACUAAAGGUGGAACAUUGAGAAAUGUUCCAGUGGGUGGAGGGUGCAGGAAGAACAAGAGAUCAUCGUCAUCGUCGUCCUCAAAGAGGAGUCAAGAUCAACCAAUCACGACGAAACCAAGCCCGGCCCUCCCACCACCUUUAUCAUCAUAUGCUCAAUAUUCCUGCAGUGAUCUCAAUCUUGCAAUUGCUAAUCUUCAAAAGGGACAAUUUGGGUUCGAUGAUUCCCAUGAUUUUACAAUGUUAAUUAGUUCUAACAUCUUGGGACAUUGUGGGUUUCUUGGAAAUUCAGGUGUCAACACCUGUGUUCCAUUUGCAUCUGCUGAGGUUUUUGAAGGUCAUGGAUUUCUUGAUAGCACCUCAAAUGGAUUUUACCAUGGAUUAGGGAGUGGAAACAUAGGACAAUACGAAAAUGGUAGCCGGGGAUUGAAUUUUAGUGAAGAAAUGGGAUCAAUCCCUUAUCAGGGUUCAACCACAGCAUCAACUGCAGUCACAGCAGUGAAGCAAGAAAUGCAGAAUGCAAGAGAAUUAGGUGAUAGCAGCAAGGCAUUAUGGGGAUUUCCAUGGCAAGUUGGUGGGGACGGAAACAUGGGGGAGUUACAUGGAAUUGGCUCAUCUUGGCAUGGACUUCUCAAUAGCCCUCUCAUGUAAAAGAUUCUACAACUCACCUGGAAAAUUAAUCUAUGUCCCU